AUGCGACUAUGGAAUGGAAUGCAGACAGGGUUUAGUUAUGCAGCAAUCAGCAGGCACAUGGCUGAUGGCAUCGGCACUGUGUCUGUUCAUGGGAUUUCCAUUGUUCUCGCGUCCCUUGCUCCACAUAGAAAACAAAUUUGUUCUCCCGUCCCUUGCUCCACACCGGAAAAUCGAUCGAUCCAGUGGCCUCCUUCUCACCGGCGAGGCGGGCGAUUCCGUGUCGUUAAGACCCCCGGUGGGAAAUUGGUUUGUCAGACUACUAAGAAGAGAGCAAGUGGGCCUAAGUGCCCUGUUACUGGAAAGCGAAUUCAGGGUAUUCCUCACUUGAGGCCUGCUGAAUACAAGCGAUCGCGAUUGCCUAGGAACCGAAGGACUGUGAAUCGUGCCUAUGGUGGUGUUUUGUCAGGCAGCGCUGUUAGAGAAAGGAUAAUCCGGGCCUUCUUGGUUGAAGAACAAAAGAUUGUGAAGAAGGUUCUCAAUAUCCAGAAGGCAAAGGAAAAUCAAUCCUCAAAGAGCUAGAAAUUUUAUUGCUGAUGAAAGCCGAAUUGUGUUUGGUUUGUUAUGAAAAUGUGGAACCGAGUUUCUAUUUAUUUCCUAUUAGUUAGUUUCUUACUGACCAGUUUGCUGCUUGUUCACUUGACGAUAAGUUAUCGUUUAAUGAUGGUGUUAUUUUGUUGA